UCUCUCUCUCUCUCUCUCUCUCUCUCUGUUUGUCUGUGUCUCUCCGCGGAUAAAUUCUUUUCCACCCUUGAAGCAAAGCGGCUUUCACUUUUUAAUAUUCUCUCUUUAUUGUUUCUGGGUUUCUGUGCUCUCAUUGAGAUCUGCUUUCAAGAAUGGGUUUCUUUCAAAGCAGUUGUACAGACACAGCGGAGCCUCCAAAUAGCAUAAUAGCUCUGCGCACUCCUUCCUCCACAGACACAGAUCAGUACCGUGACCAUAAUGAGCUCAAGCUAAGAACCCUUUUGAGAAAGAUGGUUUGGGAACUUGGCUUGCCCUGUUUUCUCCCAAAUGGAAGCAACAAAAGCAACAAGAGCAGCAAAAUCAGGAAUGCUAAUUUGGAGCACAAUAAGGCAUGGUUACUGGCAGAAUCUGGUGGAUGUGCUGGUCCGGAGUUAACAAAUGCUGAUCCACAAUCAGUUCACUCUUCUUUCAGGUUCAGUUUGUGCUCUCAGGUCGAGCUCGAGUCAAUGAACAUGAAUUCUUCAGCGUUUGCAACUGUUUUGUUGGUGAAUCUGGAUAAUGGAUUGAACGAGACUAGAGCUAAAGAACUCAAAUGGAGGAGAAUUCAGUCUCUGGAGAGGAAUAUCUCCCCGGUGGCAAAUUCUUUGGUCAGAUUUAGUUAUAGCGAAAUUCUUGCUGCUACCUGUAAUUUCUCAAAGGGUAGAGUUUUGGGAAGAGGAGCUUUGAGCUUUGUUUUUAGGGGUAGAGUUGGAUUAUUGCGGACGGCUGUAGCUAUUAAGAGAUUAGACAAGAAAGACAACGAAUCUCCGAAAGCUUUUUGUAGAGAAUUGAUGAUUGCUAGCUCUCUUCAUAAUCCAAAUAUUGUGCCCCUUGUUGGGUUUUGUAUUGAUCCGGAGGAGGGUUUGUUCUUGGUUUACCAGUUUGUCUCAGGUGGAAGCUUGGAGCGCCAUUUGCAUGAAAAGAUGAGAGGAGGAAAGGGUGGUUCAUCACUUCCUUGGUCGGUGAGGUACAAGGUGGCACUGGGAAUUGCGCAGGCAAUUGCAUAUUUGCAUAAUGGAACAGAUAGAUGUGUUGUUCACAGGGAUAUUAAACCCUCAAAUAUACUCCUUUCUUCCAAGAAAAUACCUAAGUUGUGUGAUUUUGGAUUGGCUACUUGGACCUCUGCACCCUCAGUAACCUUCCUUUGCAAAACUGUCAAGGGAACAUUUGGUUACCUAGCCCCUGAGUACUUCCAGCAUGGGAAAGUAUCUGAUAAGACUGAUGUUUAUGCUUUCGGAGUGGUCCUUUUGGAACUAAUAACAGGAAGGAAACCAAUUGAAGCAAGAAGACCUCCGGGGGAAGAGAAUUUGGUACUCUGGGCCAAACCUUUAUUGCAGAAGGGAAAAGGAGCCAUUACAGAGUUGCUUGACCCACAUCUUAAAUGCACUUCGAGAAAGACGACACAAAUUACCCAGAUGAUUCAAGCAGCUGCUGCAUGUAUAAGUAAUGAGGAAUCUCGAAGGCCAAGCAUCACUGAAAUUAUUGCUAUACUGAGAGGUGAAGAGGAGCCAAUUUACUACAAUAAGAAGAAAUCCAAAAUUUCCGGAAUUAUAGAGUGCUACCCUCAAAAACAAGAGACAAAAAGUGAGAUGAGUAAUCACUUAGCUUUGGCAAUGCUAGGAGUUUCAGAGUUUGAAGAUGAUGAUCACCUUUGUUGUCGAUGAUGUAUGGCCGUUUAACUAUCUUUUUUUUUUCCAUUCUCUUUUUGGGUUUAUCUUAUUUUGUUGCUUGUAGAGAAGUGGUAGAGAUCAUCAGAAUAGAAAAAGUGUUGAAACUGUAAAUAGGAAAAAUUCACUGAUAAAUUGUUACAUAGAUUCCAUUUGCUUGCCUGUUUUCCAAA